AUGACCGGGUGGACUCAUCUGAAGGGCUUACCGUUGGCCGACCCUAACUUCUUCAGUCCACAAGGAGUUGAUAUUUUGUUGGGAAAUGACGUCUACGAUGAGCUGAUGUUAGGAGAAGUGCAUCGAGGAAUACGUGGUAUGCCUCUGGCGCAAAAUACGCAUUUGGGAUACAUUGUAUCAGGAAAAACGAAUCAAGAAGCUGGUAGGAGAUCGUCCUACACCAUAACGGUACGAAGGAAGGAAGCUGAUGAGAUACUUGAACAAUUGUUAUGUAAGUUUUGGGAGCUAGAACAAUUCGACGAGGAGCCACAUGGGGUUUCAGUAGAGGAUAACUGGUGCGAAGAUUUCUCCGUUAAGACACAUAGCCGAAUGCCGUCUGGGAAAUAUGUUGUUCGUCUUCCUUUUCUUACAUACUUGGACGAAUCAAUGGUAAUUGGAGAAUCAUAUAAGAGCGCGUUAAAACGAUUACAUUCUCUGGACGGACGGUUGCGUAACGAUGCGAGUUUGAAGAACGCUUAUGUUGGCACGAUAAAUGAGUAUCUGGAGCUGGGUCAAAUGGAACGUGUAACGCCACGGGCUAGUAAGACGGGCAAUCCUGCAUUGGGGGGAGUCGAUCAUUGCUACCUACCGCAUCACCCAGUCAUAAAGGAAUCGUCAUCAACUACGAAGGUACGAGUUGUCUUCGAUGGAUCGAGCAAGACGAGUAAUGGAAAAUCGCUUAAUGAGAUUCUAGCAAUAGGUCCAAAAUUGCACGUACAUCUUCAAGGAAUCAUUCUUAAUUGGCGAGGGCUCAAAUGGGUAUUUAUGGCGGAUGUUGAAAAAAUGUACAGAUGUAUUAAUAUUCCACCCGACGACGCGCAGUACCAGCGUAUUCUAUGGAAUCCGGACACAAGUGAUUAUGUGGAAGAAUAUGCCUGCACAACGGUGAUGUUUGGAACGAGCUCCGCACCUUAUUUAGCCAUGAGAGUUAUGAAACAAUUAGCUAUGGAUGAAUGCGAGAAGUAUCCACUGGCGGUGGACGUUAUAAAUCAUCAAAUGUAUGUAGAUGACAUACUGUCUGGUGGCGACAGUAUUGCAGAAACGGAGGAUGUCAAGAACCAAGUGAUUGGAAUGCUUCGUAGUGGUACAUUCGAACUACGGAAGUGGGCGAGUAAUUGCACAAAGCUAUUAGAGAACAUACCAGUUGAGCAUCGAGAAUCAAGCGGAUUGUUACACAUGGAAGGUAAUGAUACUAUUCGCACGUUAGGUCUAUACUGGAGUCCCAAAGAAGAUGAGUUCCGUUUUGCUUUGCAUGUCGUUCCACCAAUGAGCUCACCAACAAAGAGGACAAUACUAUCAGCAAUUGCACGACUGUUUGAUCCCAUGGGAUGGCUUAGUCCGAUAAUGAUUACUGCCAAAAUUCUCAUGCAGCAACUGUGGAAGGAGAAAAUUGGCUGGGAUAGCACACUACCGGACACUAUUAAGAGAGAAUGGGAGAAAUUCGUAAAAGAGUUACCAAACAUAGUAACUAUACGAAUACCACGGCAUGUUACAUGGGGGCUACCGGGUGGUGUGGCUGAAUUGCACCUGUUUUGCGAUGCCUCGUCACGAGCAUAUGGAGCUACGGCUUACUUGCGCUUCCCAAUUGGAGAGGAUAAGCGACCAAAAUGGCUGCAGACCAAGGAAAAUCUAACAGUUGGAUGCAUAGUGCUCAUCAGGGACGAGCGUUUCCCUUCUCAUCAAUGGCCUCUAGGUCGCGUUAUGGAGACACAUGCAGGACCCGAUGGACUAGUGAGAGUGGUGACUCUGAAGACAGUCAAAGGAUUCAUGAAACGACCGGUAGCCAAACUCUGUCCAUUGCCUAUUCAGGAGAAUUGGAUAGAGAAUGACACCAUUCCUACACCUAAGCGUUAA